AUGAGUGUCCCCAAAUCAGAAUAUCUCAGCUCCGUAUGGGCGCCCGGCAUCUUUGCCAACCGGGUGCUCUUCAUCACCGGUGGUGCCGGUACCAUCUGCAGUGCGCAAACUCGCGCCAUGGUCUAUUUGGGAGCUGAUGCGUGCAUCAUUGGUCGCAACCCGGAGAAGACGGAGAAGGCUGCCAAAGACAUUGCCAAGGUCCGCUCUGGAGCUCGUGUCAUUGGCAUUGGCAAUGUUGAUGUCAGGAACUUCGACAACCUCAAGGCGGCCGCUGAGCGUUGCGUCAAGGAGCUGGGAGCCAUCGACUUUGUCGUCGCUGGUGCUGCUGGAAACUUCAUUGCUCCCAUCGCCGGUUUGAGCCCCAACGCCUUCAAGACUGUCAUCGACAUCGACACCAUUGGUACUUUCAACACCGUCAAGGCCACUAUCCCUUACCUCAUUGAGUCCGCUGCCAGGAACCCGAACCCCAACCCCAAUGGUCUCACUGGCGGUCGUAUCAUCUCGAUCUCCGCUACCUUCCACUACACAGGCAUGCCCCUGCAGGCCCAUGUGGCCGCUGCCAAGGCCGCCGUGGAUUCCCUCAUGGCCAGCGUCUCUCUCGAAUACGGCCCCUACGGUAUUACUGCCAACGUGAUUGCUCCCGGUGCUAUCGAGGGCACCGAGGGUAUGGAGCGUCUCGCCAGCAGCGCUGUCGAUAAGCAGAAGAUGACCAAGGCCGUUCCCAGCGGCAGAUGGGGAAGCCGCCGUGACAUUGCCGACGCUACCGUUUACCUAUUCAGUGAUGCCGGCAACUACGUCAACGGUACCACUCUCGUCGUUGAUGGCGCUGGCUGGAGGCGACAGGGAGGAAACAACAUUGGCAUUGACGAAGGCAUGGAGUAUCCCGACUUCCUGCUUGCUGGCCAGAUCAGCAAGAACCUGAAGGACGGAAGAAAGCCCAAGUCCAAGCUCUAA